AUGCCCACCUUCUGUCUCUACACCAAUGCAUCCUCGAUAGCAACGACAGACAUCAAGAUGGCCAACAGCUUUACUGCAUACGUGCCAGACGCGCGAAGGAUACGAAGUUACCUCCUCAGACUUCCGCUCGCGACACGCGGCUUGUUGGCCAUCAUCACAGCCCUAUACAUUGCCCACUGGUUCGUGCCGAGUAUAACAGAAUGGGGCGCCUUGAUACCGCAGAAGAUCAACAUCUCGACAUUAUACCGCCUCAACACAUAUCCCCUCAUACACCGCGACAUCUUCCACUACCUCCUCAACAUCCUCGCCUUCGUCCCGCUUCUCGAACGCUUUGAAUCAGAGCACGGCACGAUCACGACCUUUAUCCUCUUCACCGGUCCUUUUGGUCUCUUACCCGGUGGCCUCUACACCCUCCUCGAGCGCUUCAUCUUCCAUCUGAAUGGCGCAGCAGUGGGAAGCAGUGUCUGGGUUUUCCUUCUCCUCUGCAACGAAGCGAUGAAGCAGUAUCGAGUAAACCCUUACUUCCAGCUCGGCGAGGAUAUCAAGAUCCCUACCUGGACGACGCCGCUGUUCCUGAUCUUGGUCAUCAACUUCUUGAUUCCGCACACGAGUCUGCUCGGACAUCUAUGUGGUGCUGCAGUGGGUCAUCUUUGGGGACUGGGAUAUAUCAGAUUUCUGGCGCCGCAUGACAAGAUCUUGACGUGGGUUGAGGGGAAGUUGAACUUGCUUGGGCGGCUGCCGCAUUAUGUCAGCGUGGACCAGAAGACAUAUGGCAGGUAUGGAGUGCUGCCAAGUACGAGACAAGGCCCGGCGCCUGGAAGGGGAACGUUGGGUGCCGCUAAUGGAGUUGCGGUUGGACCGGUGGGGAGUACGCAGAGGCUAGGGCCUUAA